AGACAAAGAACCCACCUCAUCUGCAGUUCUUGUGGUAAUGAGGAUUACUUUGCUGAUGAUUGGUCCGGAGUCACAAAGUCCACCCCCCCCCCCCAUGCUCCCUUCCUCCCUAACCACCCUGGCGACAGGAUGAUCCAAAGCUCGUGCCAAAGCGCUUCUCAGAUUCACAACAUUUUCCAGCAGAAACAAUCAGACGGCGUCGCUCUCUCUCUCUCUCGCUCUCUCUCUCGCGCGGAUCUGUCGAACGAGGAGAACCCACAAGAACCGCAGGCAUCAACAAACGCCGGCUAAUCACUUCCAGGCUGUUCUGCGAAAGGGGUCGGACCAGUUCAGUGAAGCCAAGCAGUCAGCAGCAUAUCAUGACAACAGAAGCUUAUUUCCAGGAUAACGACCACUCAUAUGUCGGAUGAUUGACAGUCCCCGCACCUGAUCACCAGGAUGCCCGCAGGGCCGGCGGGCGCUCCAUCUUCCAGCCAGCCCGCGGUCCCGGUCGCCCUCACCUUCUCGCGGCUGCUUCUGCUCCUGCACGCCGCCCUGGCCCAGAAGCCGGCCCGGCUGCCCCUGGUGGGCCGCAAGCCGUUCGUGGCCGCCUGGAACGCGCCGCUGGACAUGUGCGCUAUCAAGUACAACGUCAGCGUCAACCUGGAGCGGCUCUUCCACAUCCGCGGCAGCCCCCGCGCCGGCUGGACCGGCCAGAACGUCACCAUCUUCUACGCCAACCGGCUGGGCUACUACCCGCGCUACACGGCGCAGGGCGAGGCGGUGCACGGCGGCGUCCCGCAGAACGGCAGCCUGGACGUGCACCUGUUCAAGGCCUACGAGGACAUCGAGCACUUCAUCCCCUCCGAAGACUUCCGAGGCCUGGCCGUCAUCGACUGGGAGUUCUGGCGGCCGCAGUGGAGCCGCAACUGGCACAAGAAGGACGUGUACCGGCGUAUGUCGCGGGAGCUGACCGCCAAAGCGUACCUUAACGUGACGGCGGCGCAGGUGGAGGAGCUGGCGCGGCGCCGCUUCGAGAAGAGCGCCCGGGCCUUCAUGCAGCGGACGCUCCAGCUGGGCACGCGCCUGCGCCCCAACGGCCUUUGGGGCUUCUACCUCUACCCGGACUGCCACAACUACAACCUCCACGAGGACGACUACACCGGCCUGUGCCCGCUGCCGGAGAGUCUGAGGAACGACGAGCUGCGCUGGCUGUGGAACAGCAGCACGGCGCUCUACCCGUCGGUCGCCAUCCGCAAGUCGCACACCAACAGCGUGGGCAAGCUGCACUUUGCCCGCCACCGCGUGCGGGAGGCGCUGCGCGUGGCCUCGCUCACCUCCAACGACUACGACCUCCCCACGUACGUCUACCUGAGGCUGGGAUACCGUGACGAGCCGCUCACCUUCCUCACCACGAAGGACUUGGUCCAGACCAUCGGCGAGAGCGCGGCGCUGGGAGCCGCCGGAUUCGUCAUCUGGGGCGACCUCAACCUGACCACGUCGCGGCACAACUGCACCAAGGUGCGCUGGUUCCUGAGCCACCGGCUGGGCCAGUACAUCACCAAUGUGACGCGGGCCGCCGAGUUCUGCGGCGACUUCCUGUGCCAGAACAACGGACGCUGCGUCCGCCGCAACCCGGGUGCGCGCCACUACCUGCACCUGAACGCCGCCACCUACAGCAUCCGCCCCGCAGGGGGGGACGGAGACUUCACCGUCAGCGGGUGGCACUCGCCCCGGGACCUUCAACUGCUCGAGGAACGCUUCCGCUGUCAUUGCUACGAGGGCCACCGAGGCGAGCGCUGCAAUAGCGAAAACGAGGUGCGGGAGGAUGACGACGGACCGCCGGGUGGCGGCGAGGACGACGACGAGAAGGAGCGGCGGAGGACCGAGUGGGAGGAUGAGCAAGGGGGCCGGGCGGAGGAGGGGCGUAGCAGGGCGCCGCCCACCCUGGGCCCUGCUGGUCUUUUGACGCUCUUGAUGCUCUUGUUGAACUUUCGCGAAACACUUGGGACACUUUGUUUGUUAGCAUGUUAACGGU